ACCCAUAAAACUUGAAACUUGCAUUUGUGAAAGAAAAAAGAGAGAAGAUGGGGAAAGGCGAGAUGGAACGGCUGAACCAGAUUUUAACAGGGCAUCUAACUAACAUCCAUGAAACAUUGCAGAUUUUGGAUCAAACCCCUGCUUCUUCCCUUCGCAAAGUUAGCUGGGAUGAGGUCAUUAAGGUUGGCGAACAACUUUCCAAGAACGCUACUACUGCUGGAAUGCUUUUUACUGGAGAAAAAACAAAAGUAAGGGCACUAGAGGAAAACAUGGAGGCAUAUUUCAACGGGUUGCAGGGUCUUCUUUUGCUUGCCUAUGGAAGUACAGUGGGUGCAGGACCAACUCUAUCAUCCAAUAUUCAUGCAUCAAUAAAACAAGUUGUAGACAGCAGCUUCUUGCUAUGGAGGGAAUGUGUUGCAUCUUAUGGUGGGCCUCAUGGUAGCAGUGAGCAACAAACGACCAUUCCACGCUUAGCUGGCACGGUCUGGGAAGCAUGUUCUGCUCUUAAGAAGACUCCUGCUACAAAUAUAGUUGCGAUAGGGCGGGCGAUGACUCGGAUUGCUGUCUCCAUGAAGGACGUGUUACGUGAAAUGAAGGAACUCGAACCGUGUUCUUCUGAUCCAACCGGUGAAGCAGAAAGCCAAGCCCUGGAAAGCAAUGAUGUUGAUGCUGAUGAUGAGUUUGGUAAAGACCUAUCACCUGAAGAGAUGAAAGUUGCUCAAUUAGCAAUUGGAGUUGUGUCAGAAGCAAUUAUUGUCAUCAAGGAACUUAUACGAUCCAUUACUGGAUUGCUGAAGAAGGAAAAUCUUAGAGAUGAGCAAGAUGGGGUUGAGUACUUGGAAAAGCUAUUGAAGCUUUGUCGUAGCAUUGGGGUUCAGGUGGAUGAGCUUGGAGCUUGUCUUUAUCCACCACAAGAAUUCUCGGCAAUAGCUGAAUCCUGCAAAGAAAUGUCCAACUUGAUAGAUGAAGUGGGUAAAGAAUUAGACAAUUUAAAUGGCUCUAUAGAAGCUUUCUCUAAGGGAUGCAAAUCAUUGCAUAAUGCCUUGGAAAUGCUGCAAAUAGAAACUUCUGCCUCUGUUGUUGCUGAUGCAAUUCCACAAAAUUCCAGUGAUAUGGUAGAACAGAUGCAGAAUCUUGCUGUACAAGAUUGAUGAUCUUUGACAAACUUGUCAUUCUUGCUGGUAGAAAAUUUACAGUUUAACGAGUAUGGACAUAUACAAAUUUGAGCAUCUAGUUGUGUUGGAUUUGAAUGCCAGAAUACAUUGUAACUUGUUGCCCAAAAUUGUCUUAUGGCAUAAUCCAUGAGUUCCAUCUUGUAAGUACAA